AUGACCAAUGUCAAUUUUGGUUUACCAGUGGUUUUGAUUACUUGCAGUACAUUCUCACUGAAUAUCUAUUUUAAAGAAGCUUAUCUGGUUGAUCUUGACGAAAUAAGAGUUACUCUGAUAAUAAGGUGUAAUUACUACGGAAAUUACGGAGUCGCAAAAGGAUUUGACCCUCAGUCUGCUGCCAAUGUUUUGAAAGGCACCGAUACGCUUUAUUUAAUUCGAGGAAAACAUUUUACUUCUAAAAAACCACUGAAGUUAACGGAUUCCACGGCCUGGAUUGGACACGGUGCGACAAAGUUUUACAUCUACCACCACAGUAUUUCAAAAGAAGUCGACACUUUAUUAAAGAUUUACGAGAACGACCCAAAUAUUGAGAUUGAACGGGUGCUUUGGGGUCUGUUACCUGUACCAAAAUACAUUUCUUAUGAAGAGGAUCCGAAUAACCAUAUAAUGCAUUUUGAGCAAAUUCUUGGCUGGAACAAUUGCAUUCUUCGUGCUAGAGGAAAAACUAAAUAUUUAGCACUAUCUGAUUUUGAUGAAACCUUCGUUGUAUUCACAAGCCAAACGUUGCUGUCAGUGCUUGAUGAGGUGGUGAAGAAAGAUCCAGACGCUGGUUCUUUCAUGUUCAGAAAUACAUUUGGAGAAUUCAAGGUGAUUGUCAUCCCAGAACGAGUUAAAAUGCAGCAAAUACACUACACGAGAUUAAUGGAGACUUUUUACAGUAAACGAUACAUCCCCCCAAAUAUCAGCAAGUUCUUUCAUUUUAGGUUAUUAUUAUCUUGGAGUGAAAAAGAGCUGCUAGCUUCCGAUAACACUCUGGCUAGACAAGUACCCAAAUGGAAUUUAAGGUACAGAAGGAUGCUAGAAGGGGAAAUAGGACGACUUGAGGAAGUUAACUGCACUGACGACCUUACAUUAAAGACGAAUUGGUGGACUAAUAUUAGCCUUAAGCUGAAGCUUUCAUGUUUAUCUCGGACAGUUGUUGCUUGGCUGCUGUCACCUGCUUUUUCUAAGUGUGCACCAGUCUUUAGUGAAAACUUAAAUUUGUUCUAA